AUGGAAAAAAUGGACUAUGUAAUGGAUAAUUAUGUUAUUCUUGGACAUCAACCCUGUCAAACACGUGAAGCUAAGUUUUUAUGUAUUGAUGCUAUUUAUGAAAAACUUCAUCGCCCAAAUUAUUAUGAUUUAGGAGGAACAUAUAUGCAAGAAAUUGGUGAAUACUGGUUUGUUACAAGAACAGACCAGAUAGGGGAUGUAUUUUUAAUUCACAUUUUUAUCACUAACAAGCUGGAAGGUAUUGUCAGCCUAAGUUUAAGUAGUGGAAAUACAGUUAUAUUUGAUAAAGACAAAAAUAUUGCAUUUCUAAGCCCCAAUUUAAACAAGUGUGAUUUUGGAAAACUAGAAGAAUCAACUUUCAAGUAUGUGACUACAUACAGUUUUGAUAUUAUUGAAGUAGAUAUGCUUAAAGGUAAACAACUAUUUAUACCCAUAUCUUUUGUUGAUAAAGAUGAGAAUGCUAGUUCUUUGGAUGCAGUUCUAGAUUUUAGCCCACUUUUGGAAGAACCAAUUGGAGCAGACUUUACAAUAGAAUCAGAAGAUGGAGAAAAGUUUCUCGUACAUAAAGUCUUGCUUAUGGCUCAUAGUGAAGUUUUUAGGGCGAUGCUAAAAGAAGACACUGCUGAGAGUAAAAACAACUGCGUGAAAUUAAUAGAUGUAAACAAAGAGGAGCUGCGACAUCUUCUAUAUUUUAUUUAUUCUGGGACUCUAAAAGAGGUGGAAAAUAUAAAUUUUUUUAAUAUGCUUAUUCUUGCAGACAGGUUUAAUCUCUCUGGUUUGAGAGAAUUAUCUGAACAUGCUUUGAUUCAACAAAUUUCAAUAGAGAAUGCAUUGGAAAUGCUAGCUGUUGCUGAUUCAUAUAAUUCUCAUUCAUUGAAAACAGCAUCUUUAAUAUUUAUUAAAAAAAAUAAAUCAGCCCUUGAAAAUAACAUAUUUGAUGAAAUUAAUAAUGCGGAAUUGAUAAGAGAAUUGUGUAAAUUUUUAGUUUCCUAA